AUGGGGAUAACGUGGACUCUGACCGAGGAGAACAUUACUGUUACGAGGCUGGACAAAACAGUAACUGCCAACACACGCAGUAAGUUAAUGUCAACAUUUAGAGGCCAGUUGUCAGUAGAACGGGACCAGCGGCUGCAGAGCCUUCCCAACCAGGGAAAGACAAUGACUUGUGUUGCGCAAGACAGAUCGAGCUCGCACUUUUUCCGAACGGGAUCCUACACUCGUUUCACUGACUGGAGGUUCAUUCACAAAGCCAAGCUAAACCUCCUACCGGUGAAUGGUGCAAGGCCGUGGGACCACAAGAACGACAAGACCUGCAGAAGGUGUGGAUACCAGACAGAAACACUCCCUCAUGUUCUCAAUCACUGCAUGACCCACAGCCGCACCUACACGGACAGGCACAACCGCAUUGUAGAGCGCGUCAAGACAGCAGCCAUAGCCAAGUACACAAUAACCCACGAAAACAGGGACGUUGGUGGUCUUGGCCUCCGACGAGACCUCGUAAUCGCUCGUGGUGAAGAGGCUAUCAUUCUAGAUGUCACAUGCCCUUUCGACAACGGACAAGAGGCCUUCACAACUGCCAGAGAAGAGAAGCUGAGAAACUACCAACCUGUGGUGGAAUACCUCAGGAGACGGUAUCAGAAGGUAACCGUAGACGCUAUCGUGGUUGGGUCUCUUGGAUGCUGGGACACCAGAAAUGACAGGAUUAUGAGAAGGCUGUGUUCAAGAAAUUACCUGCGUCUCUUCAAGCGUCUAGCGGUCAGCGACGUCAUCGCCGCUUCACGUGAUGUUUACGCCAAGCAUAUAGCUGGAAUUAGUGCCUAA